UAUGGCAGUGGAGAAGUGGCAGGCCCUCUACACCAUCCUGGAAGCGUUUGGGAACAGCAGCACCAGCCUGAACAGCAACGCCACCCGGUUCUCCCAGAUUAUCUCGCUGGACUUCGACCAGGCUGGCCAGGUGGCAUCGGCCUCCGUGCAGACCAUGUUGCUGGAGAAACUGAGGGUGGCGAAGCGUCCGUCCAACGAGUCGACCUUCAACGUGUUCUACUAUCUCCUGGCCUGUCCGGACAACGCCUUACGGACCGAGUUGCACUUCAACCACCUGGCUGAGAACAACGUCUUUGGCAUCGUGCCGCUGUCCAAGCCGGAGGAAAAACAGAAAGCGGCCCAGCAGUUCAGCAAACUGCAAGCAGCCAUGAAGGUGAUGGGCAUCUCCGGCGAAGAGCAGAAGGCCUUCUGGCUCGUCCUGGGAGCCAUUUGCCACCUGGGGGCGGCUGGAGCCACCAAAGACAGCAGUGAAGCUGGCCGGAAGCAGUUUGCCCGCCACGAGUGGGCCCAGAAGGCCGCCUACCUCCUGGGCUGCACCCUGGAGGAGCUCUCCUCGGCCAUCUUCAAGCCGCCAGCCAAGGGCUCCGUGCAGAGGUCCACCUCCUUCCGCCAGGGGCCCGAGGAGGCCGGGCUGGCCGACGGCUCAGGUCCCAAAACCUCUGCCUUGGAGUGCCUGGAAGCCCUGACCUCCGGCUUGUACUCUGAGUUGUUCACCCUCCUCAUUUGCCUACUCAACAGGGCCCUGAAGUCCAGCCAGCGCUCCUUGUGCUCCAUGAUGAUCGUGGACACGCCCGGCCUGCAGAACCCCGAGAUGGCCGGCCAGAGCCGGGGCGCCACCUUUGAGGAGCUGUGCCACAACUACGCCCAGGAGCGGCUGCAGGGCCUCUUCCACGAACGCACCUUCGUGCAGGAGCUGGAGCGCUACAAGGAGGAGAACAUAGACCUCUCCUUAGACGCCUUGGAGCCCAGUGUCUCGGGCUCUGUGGCCACAGUGGACGAAGCGUCCCACCAGACACUGGUUCGCACCCUGGCCCGGACCGACGAAGCCCGUGGGCUGCUGUGGCUCUUGGAGGAGGAAUCUCUCCAGCCUGGGGGCAGCGAGGAGGGUCUUCUGGAGCGGCUCUUCACGCACUACGGCCCACAGGACGGAGACACAAAAGGUACUCGGGACAAGGAAGGCCGUCGAAUCGGCGUCCUCUGGGGUGACGCCGAAUCCAGUGGGAUCUCUCUGGUCCCGGGUUCUGUCUUUGGAGAGGAACCUGCCUCCCAAGGGGAGCUCAGG